CGAAGAAUUGGGUUUGGAUUUGUCCAAGUAAAAAUAAUUAUCAAGUCCAAAGUGAGGCUCGAAAAACUGAUGUAGACGCACAACAGGGCUAUGUCAGCAACAGAUGUGUGAGUGCCCCAUAGGGCAGUGGCUCAGGCACAAUUCAUCACGUUCGUGCCUGUCUUGUCAUAAUGGUGCCUAUUAAGACAGGCAACGCAUUGUUCCAGCGCCUACAAUAACACGCCACCUGACAAAGAACCACUUGUUCUUCUUUGUAAAGUGGGUCAUCAUGCACGAUCUCUAGCCACUGGGGCGGUGUACAGAUCAGCAUCAACUUUAACCAAUCUAGAAGCUCGGUGCUCCUAGAUUUGAUGUUCCGCUCGCCUCGCUUCCCUCUAGAGUCUAAAGAUGGGUCUUUGGCUUCCGAUCAGGCCCACCAUAUGGCUGAGCUGAACGCGCUGCCCUUUAUAUAGUUCUGUUUAGUUGGCCCCCCCGCAAUCUUGAAACCCCCUAAACUCUCCACCGCAAAAACUCUUUGUGUCUUAACUACUUUUCUCCUUUUUCACAUCUCAAUUACUUUUCUACGGGUCUCGGUUUUGGAACAGAUAUUAUGCCUCUUUUCGCGAAUUCCCCCGAGGCUCUUGCUAAUGUAACCCGCACUGAUUCGCUUGAUCCCGCCACAACAUGUAAAGGUGUCACAGGAGGUGGCCGGCCAUGUCGCCGUGCAUUGGCAGAUACAGAUGAGAUGUAUUGCUGGCAACACAAGGAUCAAGCAGUGCAAGUAUCGAACGGGGCAGUCAACAAGCCGAAUACCUCACAGCCUAGAUCAAGUAUUGAUACAUUGAUGGAGCGACUCAAUAUCAAGGACUCACAGGACAACUCCAACCAGUACAACUCCAACCAGUAUCGGCCAUUCAAGACAAAGAAGAAAGCCAAGCGAACAAUCUGCUGUUGCUUCGAAAUUAUCGAGGAGGAUGAACCACUUCCUCCACGGCCAGUGCGUCCGUCUUCACAGAUUAGACCCCAAUCGAUGCAACAAGUGCCAUACAGUGCUUCUCAAAGACCGCAAAGCGGGGGAUGGGUCCCUUCAGCACUCUCACCUCAAGCCAGCUCCGCCCUUACGGAAGAGCUUGCCAAACCACUCUCGGAAAAAGAUGAGCCCGGCUAUAUUUACAUCUUCUGGAUCACGCCUGCCGACCACUCUUCUAGAUCGAUGCCGCCGCCUGCAGACGUCGGCUCAUCCUUAUUUUCCAAGCAUGAUGAUCGCGGAAAUAAUGCCAUCCAACAGGCCAGAGAUUUCAAUGCUUUGACCUCGAAGCCCACUGAAUUUAGUCCUGGUGCGAUUCGCCUCAAGAUAGGCCGGGCGAACAACGUCCAGCGUCGAAUGAACGAAUGGACCAAGCAAUGCGGUCACCACAUCACCCUGAUUCGGUACUACCCAUACACACCUUCAUCGCCCGGCCCAAGCAACGGGCCCGCCCUCGAGGUGGGAAGGAAAGUCCCGUAUGUCCACCGCGUGGAACGACUGAUUCACCUCGAACUGGACGAUUAUCGAGUCCGGGACAUGGGCAAGUGCUCGGAAUGUGGGAGAGAGCACCAGGAAUGGUUCGAAAUCAAGGCCCAAAAAGACGCCAUCAGGGGAGUGGACGAAUGUAUUCGCAGAUGGGUGAGAUGGGCAGAAAGCCAGUAACCGUAGGAUCAAAUUCCAUAGAAUGUGAGACAUAGAUGCAUAACAGAACAGACUCCAGAUAAAGCCAUAGUUAUUAAUUUAGAAAUUCAAUGCAGCCUCAAUUUACAUACCCG